GGCGUUUGAGUGUGUAGCACCACAGUAGCACUGCGCGCUUAGGCCGCAUGUGAUGUGAGCUACAGUGUGCUCGUGUGCAUUGUCAUCUGUGAGACAUCCUCUAGUCUAAUUUCAAUACCUUAUUGCCAUUCCUUGCGAGAAAAAAAGAUUAAGCAGAAAAAUGCCAAAGAAAUCAAAAGAAGUCGCUGAGUGGGAGGGUGAUGAUGAACCACAAACAGACAAACAUGUCAAAAAAGGAAAGAAGGAUAAGAAGGUCAAGAAAAGUUUUUUUGAGGAGCUGGCAUCAGACAAUAAACCAGAAAAAGUAGAACAGCCUCCAGUGAAAGAGGCACAAGGGAAACAGCCUCAGAAGAAAAAGAAGGACAGACGAAAAUGGAAAGCAGGAGACGAUGAGGAUGAUGAUGAUGAUGAUGCAGAGGUCAUGCAGCGCCUCAAGAAACUGUCAGUCCAGCCCAGUGAUGAAGAUGAAGAGGAGGAAGAGGUUGUCGCUCCAGUCAAAGGAGGAAAGAAAAACAAAGGUGGCAACAUAUUUGCUGCUCUGAGUCAGGAGCAGAGUGGUGAUGAUGAUGAUGAGGAUGAUAAUGGUGAUGAUGAGAAACCCCAAAGCAAGAAAAGCUCAAAGGAAGUUGAGAAGAUAACCAAGAAAAAAGAUAAGGCUAAACCUAAAAUAAUGAAGGAGGCCUCAGAGGAUGAAAAACAUGAAGAGUUGGAGAAGAAAGAUGAGAAUGAAAUGAAAGGAGGGAAAAAGGGCAAGAAAGUCACUGCUAAACCACCUAAGGAGGAAGAGAAAUUUGAAGAGAAGGAACCAGAGAAGACUCAGAAGAAAGGCAAGAAGGAACAGCCCAAGAAAGAGAAGCCUGCUCGCCCCCCUCCUAGUGAUGAUGAGGAAGAGGAGGAAAAGAGUGAUGAAAAUGACACAAUGAUGAGUGCUGAGGAUGCGCUCGCGGCUGAGCUGGCCAAAGAGAAACAAGAGGACGACCCCUUCGCUAACAUGAGUAAAAAAGAGAAGAAGAAGAAAAAGAAAAUGAUGGAGUAUGAGCGGCAGGUGGCUAGUGUACGAGCUCAGAGCGCCAUCGAGGGAGACUUCUCCAUCUCUCAGGCUGAGCUGUCCUCUCGACAGGCCAUGCUGGAAAACGCUUCGGACAUCAAGUUGGAAAGAUUCAGCAUUUCAGCCCACGGUAAAGAGCUGUUUGUUAACGCUGAUCUUCUGAUUGUUGCUGGGAGGCGAUACGGUCUGGUUGGACCGAAUGGGAAAGGGAAGACCACUCUCCUGAAGCACAUUGCUAACAGAGCUCUUAGCAUUCCUCCCAAUAUUGAUGUGCUGCUUUGUGAGCAAGAGGUGGUGGCGGAUGACACUCCUGCAGUUCAGGCGGUGCUGAAGGCCGACACGCGCAGACUGAAGCUCCUGGAGGAGGAACGGCAGCUACAGAGUCAGCUGGAGAAAGGAGACGACGCCGUGUCUGAGAGACUCGACAAGGUCUAUGAAGAGUUGAGGGCGAUUGGAGCAGCUGCAGCGGAGGCUAAAGCUCGUAGGAUCUUGGCUGGUUUGUCUUUCACUUCAGAGAUGCAGAACAGACCCACCAAGAAGUUUUCUGGUGGAUGGAGGAUGAGAGUGUCCCUGGCUAGAGCACUGUUCAUGGAGCCCACGCUGCUGAUGCUGGACGAGCCCACAAACCACUUGGACCUUAACGCUGUCAUCUGGCUUAACAACUACUUACAGAGCUGGAAGAAAACGCUUCUUAUUGUGUCCCACGACCAGAGUUUCUUAGAUGACGUCUGUACAGAUAUCAUUCACCUGGACAACCAGAAACUCUACUACUACAGGGGCAACUACCUGACGUUUAAGAAGAUGUACGUACAGAAGCAGAAGGAACUCCUGAAGCAGUACGAGAAACAAGAGAAAAAGCUCAAAGACCUGAAGGCUGGAGGAAAGUCCACCAAACAAGCUGAGAAACAGACGAAAGAGGUCCUGACGAGGAAACAGCAGAAGGGGAAGAAGAAAGGUCAGGAGGAGGAGAGCCACGAGGCCACGGAGCUCCUCAAGAGACCGAGAGAAUAUACCGUCAAAUUCACCUUCCCCAACCCUCCUCCGCUCUCACCGCCGAUUCUCGGCCUGCACAGUGUUGACUUUGGUUAUGGAGGCCAGAAGCCUCUGUUCAAGAAUGUGGACUUCGGUAUAGACAUGGAAUCCAGAAUAUGUAUUGUCGGACCCAAUGGAGUUGGGAAAAGUACGCUCCUCCUGCUUUUGACUGGAAAAUUAAAUCCAACAAAAGGAGAGAUGAGGAAGAACCAUCGAUUGAAAGUAGGUUUCUUCAACCAGCAGUAUGCUGAUCAGCUGAACAUGGAGGAGUCUCCCACAGAGUACCUCCAGAGGAACUUCAACCUCCAGUACCAGGACGCCAGGAAGUGCCUGGGACGCUUCGGCUUAGAGAGCCACGCUCACACCAUCCUGAUCUCCAAACUGUCCGGUGGUCAGAAAGCAAGAGUGGUAUUUGCCGAACUUGCUUGUCGGCAACCUGACGUCCUCAUUUUGGAUGAGCCCACAAAUAACUUGGACAUUGAGUCGAUUGAUGCAUUGUCAGAAGCCAUCAAUGAAUACAAAGGGGCUGUGAUCAUUGUGAGCCACGAUGCCAGGCUGAUCACGGAGACCCAGUGCCAGCUGUGGGUGGUUGAGGACCAGACGAUCAACAAUAUUGAUGGUGACUUUGAAGACUACAAGAGAGAGGUGCUGGAGGCUCUCGGAGAAACGCUGGUCAACAAGCCUAAAGAAUGAACAACGGCUGCUAUUAAUAACAAGAGUGUCAAACUACAUCACUGAAGGGCUUUUUGUUGCAUUGAAGUUCAUUUUAAAACCUCAAUAGAACCAAAUAGUUUCUUGUUAAGUUGACAGAUUAUGCGGAGCACCUGCAUGCACAGUGUCGGGUGAUCUAGACAAAACCCUACAGAGCCAGGAUGGAGUUUUUCCACAUCUUUAAAACCAGCUUUACACCUGAAGACUGAUUCCUGGAUUUUUACUUGCUGACAGUUUAUACAUACAGCGCUUGUUCUUUAGUCAUGAUGUCUGACAUUCUUGUAUUCUUCUUACAUUCAGGCCGUAUUAUUACCAGCUCUGUUCAUCCAUGUGAUGCAAUGCUAUAAAACAUGUCACUAUCAAAUGUGAACUGAAGGGGCUAGCAGGGUGCAGUUUGAAAAUGGUGUGAUUGCUGAUGCAUAAAUUUUGUAUUAACCUGCCUUUGUUAGGAGUACUUCGGUUCAGGUCAUUCAUCAUCAUUAUGCUUGCAUUCGAAGCCAACUCCAAUUUUUUUUAACCUAUAUAAGUGUUCAGUAACUCAUCUGUCUUGAAUGAUGAAAUAACCUAUUGACUAACUUGAUUUAAAUAAAUACAUUGAAUAAAGUAUGCAUCCAGAUGUGAUGGAAAAAGCAAAUAAAGAAUUUUUUGCAACA